CCCAAAUCGAGGUGGGAAAAACCCUAAAAUAUGUGGGUCCCAGUUCCCUGUCUGUGGCGUGAAUCUAGGUUGAAGAAAGAAAAGAUGGAGCAAUAAAGGAUUUAGAGGUCAAAAAGGUUGCUCUACUAUGCUGUAAUCUGUAAAAGCUGGAAACAAAAAGAAAGAAAGAAAGAAAGAAGAGAAACUAGCAAGUAGCAACACAAAACGAGUACAACACCAGCAAAAGCCAAACCCCUUUCCUUUCUGUUCUAGUACUGCGUGCUAUAAAGAUAUGAAAUAUAUCUUUGUUUGCCGAUUCUCUCUUCAAUUCUGAGCUAGAAUCUACAACUUUCAUGUCUUUGGGGUGUUUUCUUGAGAGAGGAUGAUCCCCAAACUCCCUUGUUUUUAACCCUUUUGUUCUCCCUUUUCAAGCUCUUAUCUUUUUCUCUACCCUUUAUAGGCUUUUUGUUUCGCUCUUUCUCUUUGGCUUCUUGCGUUACACUGCCAAAAUCAACCAGAAUGGAUGAGUGGAGGAGAAGUGGACAAAUACCAGCAUUUGGAAACUGGGACCAAGCAAACGAGCUGCCAAUCACGCAGUAUUUUGAAUCUGCAAGACAGGCAGGAUUGAUCCGAUUCAGUACCACUCAUAAUUCCUCUGGAGAAUGUGGUCAUCAGGACAUGCGUGGUGAUCUAUAUGCUUCUGAUAUCAACAAACCUUCUCGUAAUCUUCCUCCCCCUGUAAAGACAAGAAUGAGAGAAAAGCGAGGCACGCAUGCUAAGGAGCAGAGAAAGCAGGGAAAAGUCUGUGACGUGACUGAACCGGCAAGGAAACAACAGCAGCAGCCACAGCCCACAGUGUACCAUAAGAAUAAGAUAUCACAAUAUUCUCAUAAAAUGGACACUGUAAUUGUUGCCAAAGCUCCUGUUAAACCUCCCAAGGCCAUCGAUGAAGAUCUCUACAAAAUCUCACCUGAGCUCCUCCGCUCUUCCAAGCGGGAAAAAAAAGCCAUUUAUUGCCAAAAGGUCCACAUCAUUUUGAAAAACGAGACUCCCAAAUGUCAUCAUGGUAAAAGUAAGAGUGUCGUGUUGAAUAAAUUUUCUAGACACCGUGUGAGGUGGUGGUGGCUGCAAGAAAGUUUGGGCUUGCUGGAGGCCCCACAAGCUCAACCUGCCUCGCAUAAUGAUAUGCUCCAAUCCUCCAACAUUUUCAUGGCGGAACCAGCACAGCUCAUUGUUUUCGUUUUUUACAUUUUUUAGCAAGGAAACAUCAGCUUAAUUAUUGGGAGAUUCGGAAAGUGAUCUAAUUGUAUUUUUCCUCCUCUCUU